UUGUGGUGGUUUCAGAUGUGGGAGCAGCGGCAUCUUCGUCUCAGGUUUCAUGAUUUCCCGCGUCUGUCGCUGCUGUAAGGUCCAACCAUGCAGCGUCGUGGAUUCUCCGGCUCCUGUCAAAGGAUUGCACGGGAACUGUCUUGGCGCAUGUCGAAUAAUUUUGCGCUACUACGCCUCACCAGCAUGCCGGAAAAUUGUGAAAGCAAGGAACGUGCAUCGGGAAUCGCAGAGUGGUAUCAUGGCACCAGGUGAAAAAAAAACCCGGAACGACCGUACUUCAACCCAUACCUUUUACCUUGAUGGAUGCGAAGGCAACGUGGAGAGAUCACUCGGUGCCGAGGCGACUGGCGUUAGGAGGUCUGGCCGUAGACAGAGGCAACUGAAACGCACUCAGGGCCAGGAGGCAAGCGCCAUUUGGUGGUGUUGGAAGAAACCCAGCGGCAUGCGCUGCAAGACCAUCACAGCAGCAGCAGCGCCAGAAAGUCGGGAGAAGAGGCAAACUCUUUUCUAAGGGCACAUUUAUGGGUAAAUAAAA